UCCUGUCCUCAUUCCGCACAUUCUUCGCAUCGCUCGCGCCGCUCCGCGCCGCCCGAGCCGAGCCGAGCCUCCGCGGCCCCGCCGCCCGCCGCGGGCGCCCCCCAGCACUUCGCACACUCGCUUCCAGCCCGCGGGAAGUCCGCGCGCCGGGGCCCGGGCCCGGGGCGGCCGCGGCGGGGCGCAGGCCAUGCGCUGACCCCCCAGCGCGCAGCGUCGCCCGAGCGCGGGCAGCUGCCCCGGCGCGCCCUGCCAGUCCCGGGAGCCGGCGAGGCCGGCCUGGGGCGGCCCGGUGCGGGAGCACCGCGGGGAGUAUCGGCUGGAGCAGCUCAAGGGCGACGGCCCAGCGUCCCGAAGUUUGCCGCGCCAGCUCGGGCGGCCGAGGUUUGUUUCCUUGAAAAGGCUCCAGGCUUCGGCUUGGAAAAUCCAACCGCCAAAAUUGAGCCCAGCAGCUGGAGCGGCAGCGAGAGCCCUGCCGAAAACAUGGAAAGGAUGAGCGACUCGGCAGAUAAGCCGAUUGACAACGAUGCGGAGGGGGUCUGGAGCCCUGACAUCGAGCAGAGCUUUCAGGAGGCCCUGGCGAUCUAUCCGCCGUGUGGGAGGAGGAAAAUCAUCUUAUCAGACGAAGGCAAAAUGUAUGGCAGAAAUGAAUUGAUAGCCAGAUACAUCAAACUCAGGACAGGGAAGACAAGGACCAGGAAGCAGGUGUCUAGUCAUAUACAGGUCUUAGCAAGAAAGAAAGUUCGAGAAAUUCAAGCCGCCAUUAAGGUGUCUAGUCACAUUCAGGUUCUUGCCAGAAGGAAAUCUCGUGAUUUUCAUUCCAAGCUAAAGGAUCAGACUGCUAAGGACAAGGCCUUGCAGCACAUGGCUGCCAUGUCAUCAGCCCAGAUCGUUUCGGCUACUGCUAUCCACAACAAGCUGGGGCUGCCUGGGAUUCCACGCCCCACCUUCCCGGGGGCACCGGGGUUCUGGCCUGGAAUGAUACAGACAGGACAGCCAGGAUCCUCACAAGACGUCAAGCCCUUUGUGCAACAGGCCUACCCCAUCCAGCCAGCAGUCACAGCCCCCAUUCCAGGGUUUGAGUCUGCGUCAGCCCCAGCUCCCUCGGUCCCUGCCUGGCAGGGCCGUUCCAUCGGCACAACCAAGCUUCGUCUGGUGGAAUUUUCAGCUUUCCUUGAACAGCAGAGAGACCCGGACUCGUACAACAAACACCUCUUCGUGCACAUCGGGCAUGCCAACCAUUCUUACAGUGACCCGUUGCUUGAAUCUGUGGACAUUCGUCAGAUAUACGACAAGUUUCCUGAAAAGAAAGGUGGCCUGAAGGAACUGUUUGGAAAAGGCCCUCAGAACGCCUUCUUCCUCGUAAAAUUCUGGGCGGACUUAAACUGCAAUAUCCAAGAUGACGCCGGGGCUUUCUACGGUGUGAGCAGUCAGUACGAGAGUUCUGAAAACAUGACGGUUACCUGCUCCACCAAAGUGUGCUCUUUUGGGAAACAAGUAGUAGAAAAAGUAGAGACGGAGUAUGCAAGGUUCGAGAAUGGCCGGUUUGUGUACCGAAUAAACCGCUCGCCGAUGUGUGAAUAUAUGAUCAACUUCAUCCACAAGCUCAAACAUCUACCAGAGAAAUAUAUGAUGAACAGUGUUUUGGAAAACUUCACCAUUUUAUUGGUGGUAACAAACAGGGAUACACAAGAAACUCUCCUCUGCAUGGCCUGUGUGUUUGAAGUUUCGAAUAGUGAACAUGGAGCACAGCAUCAUAUCUACAGGCUUGUAAAGGACUGAACCUGGUUAUUUAUAUAGAUAGAAAUCUGUAUAUACACACACAUAUGUGCACACACACACUCUCUCCAUUAUCGAACGACUGACUGUAAACCUCACCACAGGUGAUGCCCUGGCCCCCAGGUCACACCCUGACUUUUCUAAAUCCUGUUUGAGUGAACUUAUUAUUAUUUUUUCAUAUGUUCUUGCUAUCAUUGUAGCUGUGAAAUUGUGAUGCAGUUUUUGUGUGUUCCUCAGAUCUGCAACCCACAAUUCCUUGGGGAAGGUGAAUCUUAUCAGCCUAAACCUCUCUCUCUGCAGACCUGUUUCCUGUUGUGGUAGAAAAUAGUUCUGAGACAGAGGAUUGGCCACGGGGCAUCGACUGCCUUUAUACAAAUGUAUUUAGUUCUUUUGUUUGUUUUUCCAACAUAAAAUUCUUGUGUUAAGAUACAAGUAAAAUUAAUCUUUAAAUGUAAAUUAGUACAAGAAAACUAAGAUUCUUUAGACUUAUCUUUGUAAUUAAUUAGGGUGGAAGUUAUGGAAGAAUGUAAUUCACUAAAUUAUUUUUUAAAUGAAAUCUUUCUUUUUAAAACCAAAUGUUAAACUAUAGCCUUAAGAAAUACUUGGUAGAAAUAUCCUAAUGAGACAAAUUUUUUACCUUCCCCUUCAAGGUUAAACUAAUAUCUUAAUUCAUUAAACUGUUGAAACAGGUGUUGCAGAGGAAGAAAUUGUCACCCCUUAUCCUUAACAUAUAUAGUAUAUUUAAAAAUGUAAAAUUGUAUUGUACUAAUGUGAUAAUUGAUUAUUUAAUGAAAAAGAAAAGAUGGCUCUUUUGCAAUAAGUAGGUAAUACUGAAACAAAUCUAAGCUUACAAUGUUGUAGUCUUGUGUGUGCAGUUACAUUUUAUAUGGUCAACCAAAUUUUUUUAUGGAGAAGAGUUCACAUUUGAACCACUGAAAUUUCAUAGCAAAAAUUUUUAAAUUGGCAUGAACACUGCACUGUGAGUUGCAAAGGAUGUAGAAUCGUGUGGCUGGGAGAAAACUGUCAUCAUCUGGACAAGUAGAAGGCUCAUCGGGCUUGGUCACUGCUCCCCAGACUGUCACUGUCACAAGCCUCCCCACCAGCCUGUGGGUAGUUGGUUGCUGGGAACCGAACAUGGCGUGGGAAGCUCUGAGUUCCUGCACGUGUGGAUAUUCAGUUCUCUGAACUCCUGUUUCCUGUGGUUUCCUAUUGCUCAUCACCUCUCUUGAUCUGCUUUACAGACGUGGAUCUAUUUCCUCUGAGCGCAUCCGUUUCCUUGACAUCUCUUCAUAAGCCUCAGUGGCUCUUCAUGCGCUCUCUCUCUCCACACCCCUCUCUCUGAUCUUUUCAAGCAGACUCCCUCAUUCAGGUAGUUCUGUUUCCAAGAGAGAUUUCACCGCUCUGAUCUGAGUAUUCCAAAACAUUGCCCAUCAGCGUUGGUCUCAUGUGGCCAGUCUGGGGUUACUUUCCUAUGUGCUUUCUCACUGGGGAAGCAAGAAAGGUUACCCCUCUGCUUCCCAGGGAAGGCAAGAGGAAAGCUAGAGUUUCCUUAGACUCAUGUGCACACACACACACACACAGAGAGAUAGGAAUAUGUGAACACAGUAGAACAUGACAUAAACUUUUUAAGUUUAAAAAUCAAACAGCAUGGCAAUUUUUUUAUGUGUGUGCCAAGACUAUCAAGUUAAAUCCUACUUCUACUAUAUCCAGGUGACACACACCCCUUCUUUGUCCCAACAUCUGCUCUGGCUGUGCUUAUAUGGUAUCCAGCUACUUGUGGUCUUUGGUGGUUGGGCGUGGCUGGCAUGUAGCUAAAAGAACCACACUGGAUUGACUCUUGUCUCCUCCCAUCUGCAUCCCUGGUCCCUGGGAAGACUUGAGGAGAAUGUGCAAGACUUUGUCUUUAGCAAUAUGCCUCCCUUGUGUAAGCCAGCAGGGCAUUGUUCUCUUCAAGAGAAAUAACUGCCUUGGUUCCCUGAGUCUAAGCCAGCCCUCAAAGAAUGGUUACCCUGGGUUUCUCCCGGUAGUCUUCAGAUCAGAUGUUUAAAGAUCUGUCCUGGGAAUGUUUUUUUAGCUUUGAUUUCUUAUAUCCUUCCUCUAGAGGAAUGUCCUAUUAUCCUGAGACCAGGACCAUACAAAUGGGUACAAAUGAUCUGUGCCUACAGGCCAGGCCAUCCCAGAAGGUGACGGGGGAGAGGUCUACCACUCAGGAGUGGACUUGCCUCUCUAUACCUCCCGAGCUCUGGGGGUUUAUUUCUCAAGUACCACCUAGAGGGUAAUGGUUGUCAAUGGGGAGGGGUAUGCUUUCUCAGAAUUAGGAUAAUGUCUCUGUUGCCUCACUGCAUCCUCUCCUUCCAAAUGCCUUUCCCAUGCGAGUGGUAGGAAUGACGCUGACUCACUUUUUGCUCUGAAAACAGCUAUUAAUUCUUUU